UAUUGUGGCAACACUCUUUCUUUAGCCUUCCUACAUGAUGAGCAGGUGAGGCUGUAUCAACGAAGCUGUGAUCUGUUGGAUUUAGCUGAAAGCUUAUUUCAGAAUUUAGGUACUAUAGUACGGAACGUGUCAGGUGUAUUAAGUGUGGUCAUGCAUGAAGCCCGAAAACUUGUCAAAGCUGAACGCUGCUCCUUAUUCCUAGUGGACAAGAAACAAGGCACUCUUAAUGCACAAGUUUUUGAUGGAGCG